AGUCAAUUCGUCCCCAACCAAGCUCUCUGUCGUGUCCUCCUUUUAUGCAGCACCCAUCAUCCCGUCUUCGAUCCCGUCUCCGCACUUUAGAUCAGUCUUCAGUGCAACUUCGCAGCGAAUCUGCAUCACCUCAUCGGAUCCACUCGCUCGACGCUGGCGUCCUGAAUUGGCGGGGCACAGCUUUGAUUUGUGGACACGCAGCCGCGAAUUGGCCUCGUCCGCUACACGACGGGCGGCCUCGAGCACAUCUCUAGGUUACCUCUACCCACCCACCUCUACCUACUAGAGACUCACUAUAGUAGUAUCUGGCCGCCCACAAGCGACGCUAGGCGCCAUGUCGGACGCUGGCGACACCAGCCAGCACAAGCGAUCCAGAUCUGCCGCCGCGCUAUCGCUGCUCCGGCGCAGCAGGGACAAGAGCGGCGACGACGACACCAACUCGGACGAGGGCUCUUCCCAGCAUGGCCAGCCUGCCCUGACGGCACAACCCUCGCAGGUCUCGGUUGCAAUGUCGCAACAGUCUUCGUCCAAGGGCCACGGCCAAAGGCUGUCCAUCAGUGGCGCCUCGGCCGGCCGCGCACCAUCAUACCAGCACGCCCCAAGCAUCUCCGCUGCAAGGCCCAACCCAGCGCUACCGGAAAAGGGCGCCUCGCUCGAGCAAUCGGUGCGCAAAUUCCGCGUCGUCGAGGCGCUGAGAAGUGGUGACACGGCCUCGAUAUCCAAGACCAUCCGCGAAUCCUCCGGCAGCGCACGUCGUGGUAGCACUGCCUCUCUCGGCCCCGUCGUCCCGCUGGAAGACACCACAGUUCUGCACCUAGCCAUCCAGUGCGCCGAGCUCCCCGUCGUCGAGUACAUUCUUUCGGAUGGCUCAGGCCUGAUCGACGUCAACGCGCGCGACAAGGAUGGCAACACCCCGCUCCACAUGGCCGCCAUCCAGGGCCGCUCGCAGGUCGUACGCUUGCUGUUGGAGCAAGAGAACAUCAACGACGCCAUAGCAAACCACCAGGGCCGCUUCCCCCUCGACCUCGCCCGGAACCCAGACAUUUUCCAGCAGCUGCAACUCUCCCGCUCCAUGUUCGCCGACGACAAGAUCAAGCAGGUUCAGCACAUGAUCGCAGGUGGCGACUAUAAGGGACUCGAGGACCUCCUCGAGGAGCCUCGCGUCAAGACCGUCCUGGACAUCAACGCUACCGAGUUUGCCUCGGACCCAACGACGGUUCAGGCUGGCGGCACCCUUUUGCACGAGGCCGCAAGGCGCAAGGACAAUAGGCUCAUACAGGUACUGCUUCUGCACGGCGCCGACCCCUUCCGCCGGGACCGCAAGGGCAAGCUGCCACAGGAUGUGACCAAAGACGACGUCACCAAGGCCAUGCUCAAGAAGUCUCCCGCCGCCGUGGCUGCCCAGCGGGGCAUUCAAGAGAAGACGGUCCUUGGACAAGCCGCCUCUCAGGGCGUCGCAUCUGCAUCCCCCGGAGACCCGCUGGCAGGCCGUGAGGCCCGUGAGAUGAAGGGCUACCUCAAGAAGUGGACCAACUACCGCAAAGGGUACCAGCUGCGCUGGUUUGUGCUCGAGGACGGCGUUCUUAGCUACUACAAGCACCAAGACGAUGCCGGAUCCGCCUGCCGUGGUGCUAUCAACAUGCGCAUCGCGCGGCUCCACAUGAGUCCUGAUGAGAAGACCAAGUUCGAGAUUAUAGGCAAAUCGUCAGUCAAGUACACGCUAAAAGCCAAUCACGAAGUCGAGGCGAAGCGCUGGUUCUGGGCUCUCAACAACUCGAUCCAGUGGACCAAGGACCAACAGAAGGAAGAGGACCGACAGCGCGUCCGCGAAGCCGAGCUGCUGGCCCAGGCCAAGGCCGAGCACUCGCACGGUGGCAGCGAGGCAGCCAGUGAGAGCGCCAGUAUCGCCGAAUCGAAGCCCCGAGGGAGUCUGCAAAUGUCGAGGAUGCACUCCAAGGUGUCACACAGCCGUACGGGGCCCAGCACUGUCGGAGGAAGCGAGGCUGGCGACGACAACAACGGCGACGUCACCUUUGAGACGGAUGGCGGACACAGGGGCACGGGGACGGCGCCGACGGUGUAUGACGACGCCGAUGACGAUGACGAGGAGGACUCGAGCGGGCAGGGCCAUGGCCAGGGACCGCCGACGGCGACCAAAGACGCCUUCAAUAUCACGGCACAGUCGGCGCGACUGCAGCUCGAGACGCUAUCACAUGUCAAUGCGGCCAUGAUGGCAGAGGCGGAGAGGGCGCCGAACACCUCCCUGUCGGACCCGCAAACAGCACAGGCACUGCAGACGUACGACGCUGCGAUCCGAUCGCUGACGGGUCUCGUGGGCGAUCUGUUGCGCAUCUCGCGGGACCGCGAUGCGUAUUGGCAGUACCGACUCGAUCGUGAGGUGGACAUGCGCCGUAUGUGGGAAGAGAGCAUGGCGCAGGUGGCACGCGAACAGGAGGAGCUGGAAGCACGCGUGGGCGAGGCUGAGCAAAAGAAGAAGGCGGCCAAGCGGAUGCUCAAAGAGGUUAUCCAAGCAGGCGCCCUCGACGAGCAGGAAAAGGAGAAGGUCCAAAGGGCCGAGGGUCUUGGCUUGACGUCGUCGCCGGCUCUCCUCGAGUCGGAAGCUGCGGCGGCCGAUGCUCAAGAAACGCCCCGACCCGACAAACACACCACCGCCGUCGUCGACGCCAAGUCGCCCGCAAUCAGCAAUCUCAGCCGCCGGCAGACGGCGCUCGCGCAAGUGGCCAACAUGUCCGACUCGGACUCGGAAGACGAUGACGAGGUCUUUUUCGAUGCCGUGGAUGCGGGUGAGGUCGAUGUCGAGCCAGGGAUGCCGCCCUCGGAAACGGCUGCCAUCAGCGACAAUAGCCAAGUGGUUGUUACGACGGGCCUCGACAUCAGCAGCUCCUUUAUUGGCUACGAGAACGGCAUCAGGACAAAGCUGAAGAUUGAUGCCGACAAUCGGCCCAAGAUUUCCCUAUGGGGAAUCCUCAAAUCCAUGAUUGGCAAAGAUAUGUCCAAGAUGACACUGCCCGUAACCUUCAACGAGCCCACCUCGCUUCUCUACCGCUGCGGUGAGGACAUGGAGUACGCCGACCUGCUGGACCUUGCGGCGGAGCGGACAGAUUCGAUCGAGCGGUUAGUGUACGUGGCGGCGUUCGCGGCCAGCGAGUACGCGUCGACGAUCGACCGAGUGGCCAAGCCUUUCAACCCGCUCCUGGGAGAGACAUUCGAGUACGUGCGCCCGGACAGGAACUACCGCUUCUUCAUUGAGCAGGUCAGCCACCAUCCGCCCGUCGGCGCGGCGUGGGCCGAGUCACCCAACUGGACGUACUAUGGCGAGUCGGCGGUGAAGUCCAAAUUCUACGGGCGAUCCUUUGAUGUGAACCCGCUUGGCACAUGGUUCCUGAAGGUGCGACCCAAGUCGGGAGGCAAGGAGGACUUUUAUACGUGGAAGAAGGUGACGUCGUCUGUGAUUGGCAUCAUCACGGGCAACCCGGUCGUGGACAACUACGGCCCCAUGGAAAUCAAGAACUGGACGACGGGAGAAGUGUGCCACAUCGACUUCAAGGUGCGGGGCUGGAAGGCGUCGUCAGCGUUCCUGAUCGGCGGAAAGAUCGAGGACGCGAGCGGGCGGGUCAGGGUGUCACUGGGCGGGCGGUGGAACUCGAAGCUUUACGCGCGACCGACGCCCGGGUACGAGGCCACGGUGGAGGAGAGCGGGGACAAGAACGAGACGGUGCACCGGGGCGAAAUAACAGACCAGAACAAGGCCUUCCUCGUGUGGCAGGCGAACCCACGACCCAAGGGGAUCCCGUUCAACCUGACGCCAUUUGUGUUGACGUUCAACCACAUCGACGACAAGCUAGCUCCGCACCUGGCGCCGACGGACUCGAGGUUCCGGCCGGACCAGAGGGCGAUGGAGGAGGGCAGGUACGACGACGCGGGCGAGGAGAAGAACAGGCUGGAGGAGGCGCAGCGAGCGCGCAGGCGCGUGAGGGAGGCCAAAGGGGAGGAGUUCAAGCCCGCGUGGUUCUCCAAGGCCAAGUGCGAGAUCACGGGCGAGGAGUACUGGAAGUUCAACGGCGGGUACUGGGCCGCGAGGGAGCGGGCAAGCAAGGGCGACAAGAGCGCGUGGGACGGCCUGGAGCCUAUUUACCAGGACUUUGAUGGUGACAAUACCGUUGUCGGGGGUGCUGCGGACGAGUGAGAAGGGGUGGUCUGUAUAAGGGGUGUAUAGAGAAGAAGUGGAUUUGUGUGUUUGUAUUACUCUUCACGGUCGUGGGGUGAAAUGAGCGUGGGCGAAAAGAUCAGGACUAGAGGGUUGUUGCAGUGUACCUAAUCAAUAUCUGUUUGUUGACAGCCGUUUAUAGUUUCAUUAUUACGAACAUGACCAUUUAAAGUCG